GAUUGCUACUACCAAUUCGCAGAGUGAAAAAUCGAGCGAGGCAACAAAAAAUAGUGUGUAUUUUUAUUUCUCUUCUAAUUUUCUUAUAUGCCCCUCUGUGAAUCCCCGCUUCUUGGAUCCCUUUCUGUCAUCGUCUGUCUUUCAAAACUUAUAAAAUUUUCAGGGUUUGAUUUUCUUGAUUUCGAACUUGAACUUGAAAGAAAUUCGUAGCAGAAACCAAGCAAACCCCAGAAGGGCGGUUUUUUUUUGAAAGUCAGGUGAUUCAGAAUAGAGAUCACUUUUUAGUGUAAUUUUCUUACUUUUUGUUACUAAGAACAACUAAGAGGGUCUGGUUUUUUUAGUCCCUCAGGUUGGUUUAUUUUCUCUUGAUUUCAGUUUAUAGUUUUAAGGGUAACAAAGGGUUGUUUAUUUGAGAGACCUCUUUGCUCCUUUGUGUGGAAAGUUUGAAUUUUUGUUACUUUUGCUUUAUUUGAAUUCUGUGUUUUCUUGAUAAGAAAUCAUGGCGGCAGCUAUAGAUAUGUACAGUGCUAGCAGCAGUCAAGUUUUUUCUCCAGAUCCUUACAGGGAAGAGCUUAUGCAAGCACUUUUACCAUUUAUGAAAAGUGCUUCUUCAAAUACCUCUUCUUCUUCUUCUUCUUCUUCUUCUUCACCUCCUCCUCUUUCUUCUCCUCCUUCUUCUAAUGACUUCCCUUAUGACUCGUGUCUUUCUUCUGAAUCCAAUAGUUACCCUGGUUUUGGCUCAAUCCCAUCAAAAACCCAAGAAUUUUUUCCGGGGUUUUCGAGUUUUGGAUAUGAGCAAACUGAGAGUAUUGUUGGGCUAAAUCUCCUCACCCCAUCUCAGAUCCUUCAAAUCCAGGCACAGUUCCAACUCCAGCAGCAGCAAUUGCAAAAUCAGCAAAUGAAUUACUGUCUUAACCAUUUGCAGCAUAAGCAGAACCAAUUCUCCAGGUUUCUUGGUCCAAAACCUGUCCCAAUGAAGCAUGCUGGAGUUACCCCCAAGCCUACAAAGCUUUACCGGGGAGUGAGGCAGCGGCAUUGGGGAAAAUGGGUGGCGGAGAUUAGACUUCCAAAGAACAGAACGAGGCUUUGGCUUGGGACUUUCGACACAGCUGAGGAAGCGGCUUUAGCGUAUGAUAAGGCUGCUUAUAAGCUAAGAGGAGAGUUUGCAAGACUAAAUUUCCCCGACCUUAGGCAUCAAUUAUGCCAUGAAUUCAGCGACUUCAAGCCCCUGCAUUCCUCUGUUGACGCCAAGCUUCAAGCCAUAUGUCACAGCUUGGCUAAUUCGCAGAAAAAGGGGAAUUUAGAAAGGCCCUGUUCUAAUUCUGAUGCAAAGGCUGAAAUUUCCAAACAAACAAGUGUUCUGAAGAUGGAAAAUUCAUCGAAUAGAGGAUUUAAGAACCUGGUAUUAGAGGAUAACAUCAAGGUGGAGGCCUCAUCAUCACCUUCCCCAUCCGAUGAGGGAUCAGCUUCACCCGAAUCUGAUAUUACCUUUCUGGAUUUCUCAGAGCCUUCUUUGGAAGAAUUCGAUUUCAUGUUGCAGAAAUCUCCUUCCGUGGAGAUAGACUGGACAGCACUAUAAUCAUAAUAAUAUACCAUAUGCUUUUCAGUACUUUUGGUUUAUUUCUAGGAUCUUUAUGUUGUAAUCCAGGUUUAUUUUGGAGCCUCUGCAAUGGAUUUUUUAACAUAUGCAGAGACCCUAGUGUUUAUGUUUAUAUAUGUUGAGACAAGUACACGAUCUCCUCAAUUUGGUCAGUGCUGGUGUUUUUUUCCAUGCUAGACUGAGGAAGAUUUUCUGUUUCUUGAAUUUGUAACUGAGUGUACUCUGUUUAGUAGUAUGAAUUAUGUUGUUUAUCUUUA